AUGCAACCCGCGGCGGUGGCGUCACCCGGAGUCGCGGCUGCGGCUGGGGAGCACGGGUUCGGUGACCAUGCUGGGGUGCGUGCGGCCCGCGCGGGGUCCCUCAGCCUGAGCCUGAGGACACUGGCUUGCUCCGUGGCUCGGGUUGCUCAAGGCCGUUUAGGGAGGGCCGUCCCUGCAGACUCCCGGUUUGGCAGCCUCUGCAAAUUGUUUCCUCACAAAGCAGCACCCCCGCCCCUCUGCCCCCAGUCCCACUUGCUCUUUCCCUUCCCAGGGGUGGCCCGAGACGUUAGGCACCCAGGGCAGGCGGCGCCGCCCCGACCCUUGCCUCAGCUCAAAGAACCGCUGGGCGAACCCAGUUUGCGGCGCCCUAGGAGGGCCAGGAAGAAGGGCGGAUCCUUCCUGUGGUUAAGGAUGCAGGAAUCUGAGCCAAUGUUGCCUGUUCAUCUGUGA